CUUUCAUUCCCUCAGUGUAGCGGAUCACGGUAAUACUGAAGCACUGUUUGCAAUGUCUCCUGCACGGGCACGAGCUCUUCUCGGGCUCCUGAUAACCAUCUGCACCCAGAGCCCACUACUGCUGGGUUCCAAGCCACUACCGCCACAAAAUGUGAAGCUGUCACCGGUCAAUAGGGGUUUGAAGGUCACAUGGGAUCCACCCAGUGAGUUGGACGGGCGGCCGGUAGAUAGCUACACCAUCGGCUACGGGAAAUCUAUGAAGUCACUACGCUUCGUAAACGUAGACAAGGAAAGGCGGUCCAAGAUGCUAGAGGACUUAGAGCCUGGAGUCCUGCAUUUUCUCAAGAUGAGUGCAGAGAAUAAGGAUGGGAUGAGUAAACCUGUCUACAGGGCAGAGACUCCAGGAGGGGGAGAGUGGGUGAAGCUGGAUGGAUUUGCUGUCGAGCCUUUUAACAAAUCUUCUCCAGGUAGAAUGGUGUCUAUAACUUCAUCACAAAUAAACCCACGGCCCCCAGUUCGGAAGAUGGCACAGAGGGCCCCCCAGUCAUCAUCAGGACCAGAAUCCCCUCUUCAAGGAGGUCACCUCCCUCUCAGGCCCCAAAACAAACACAGAGUUGACCUCAGUCAGCACCAAGCAGACCAGCGCAACGCCAACAAGCCUAAACUGGCGUCUGAGUCCGUCUAUGUGGUAUCACUGCAGGCAUCCAGAGCCCAGGGGAGGAGCGCACCCAUUAACACGGCUUUCUUGAGUAAAAAAGUAACCGCAGAACCAGAGGUUGUGGAUGAUGUAAAGGACAUCACAGUUAGAGUAUUAUCUCCUCAGUCUGUCCUUAUCACAUGGGUUGACCCACUUGUUGAGAAGAAGAAAGAAGUUCCAGGAAGUGCAAGGAUUUACACAGUGAAAUACAGAGAGAAAGGAGAAUCUGCCCGAUGGGAAUUCAAGGACACCCAUCAGAGGCGUCUCAUGAUUGAAACGCUCUCCGCGGACAGCAUGUAUGAGUUCUCCAUUCGCAUCUCACAAGGAACCCACGAGGGCAAGUGGAGUACAUCUGUGUUUCAGAGAACCCCUGAAUCAGCGCCCACGGGCCCUCCGGAAAAUUUUGAGGUGAAACCACUUAGAGGAAAAGGUACUGCUGUCACAGCAACCUGGGAUCCACCUGAGGAAACUAACGGACGAUUAAGAGAGUACAUCCUUUCCUAUGCUCCUGCUAUGAAACCGUUUGGCGCAAAGACAAUUACGUACCGUGGCACCACCACAUCUGCUACCAUAGAUGGACUCACACCAGGUGACCGCUAUAUCUUCAAAAUCCGUGGAGUAAAUAGAAGAGGACAAGGACCACAGACUAAAGCUAUUAUCGUUGCAAUGCCGCCAUCCAGUGCUACUGGAGCAAAAAUCUCCACUCAUUCAAGGACUAUGGACAACCAUAAGUCAGACAAAAGCACCUCCACGAUAUCAUCAUACAAUGAAUCAGAAGAACAGGAGUCAGAAGAGGUGGAAGAGUCAAAAACUCAGACAACUCCAACCACUCCAACUCAGGCUCCAACCACAAACAAGCGAAGACGUCCUCUUUCCGAAACAAGGUCCUAUCACAACAUCUUCUCAUCUGUAAGGGGUUCUCUCAAGAAUCGAGGUACUAGUUCAAGGUCAAACUCGCAUUCAUCCUCUACUGAUACCAAAGAGGAAACUAGAGAUGAGGAUGAGAGACCAACAGACAGUCCAACAGAUGAGAAGAUAAAAUCAAAUGAGGCUACUGAGGAUACAAAGCCAGAGACCAGCAACAAUGUUACACCGCAAACAGAAGAUUCAAAAUCCUCACCUGACAACACAGAAUCAAUUAAAAGAUCCAACCAAUCACCAGCAACUCCAACAUUACCUUCAAACCCAUCCUCAAAUGACUCUAUUCAUAAAAAAAACGAGGACCAACGUUCUUCUUGGACACCUCGCACAUCCUCAAUUGUAGACAUCAGCCGAUUUAGAAGGCCUAAUUCUCGGACGCAUGGUUCUCGAUCAAGGACUCGAAAUGAAGGUUCUUCAAGCUCAGCACUCAACCCAGAGUCUGCAGCAACAAAAAACGAUUCUACUGAGGGAAAGGACAUUCAGAUAGGCGUGAUGGACAAAAAGGCUUCAGUGGUCUUACCUCAAGAAAACAAGCCUGAACCGGUGAAGGAAUCAGUAUCAUCCCCUUCAACCUCUUCCUCAGCAUCAUCUUCAUCCUCUUCUUCCACUUUGACGUCUUCCUCGUCAUCUUCAGGUACAAGAAAUACUUCAUCUACAUUAAGUCGAGUUACAAAUCCAGGAUCUGGUACCAUGUACCCUAAUGGCAGAAGAGUUGGAACAAGAAUUCAGAGAGUUCAAACAGGACAGCACAAGCCUGACUCGUCACCAACUUCUUCACAAUCCACACUGCCAGUAGAAACAAAAACUUCUGACAGUAGUGAUGACCAAUUCACAAACCCUACUGAUACAACAGAGGAACAUAGGAGCCUUCCUACCAACCAAAAGAUCUCGGAGAUAGACACAACAAAGGAUGAUACAACGAAAAAAGAGCCGCAGGAACCAAAGGAAAAUUAUAAUAACAAAGAAGAUAAACGUGAAAGUUAUCCCAUUACUUCUUCAAGGACUAACCCAUCUUCAACAGGGCGUAGUUCAUCUUUACAAUUACCAAGCAGAAUUUCUAGGAUAGUCACAGGCAGUCGAAGACAAGAUGGCAGAAUACCGUGGAGUAGAACCGCCUCAUCAGUAGGUGCAGGAAGACCACUUAUUAGAGGAAUUCCUUCAUAUUCAUCUGCUUCGAGCACUCGUGACACUAGUGAUAAACUUUCCCCCACAGCAUACCCCUUAAAGCCAAAGGUUGUCUCUGUCUCAGAUAAACCUAGUAUUAAACCCAGUGUUUCAUCAAAUAUUGCAAAAAGUUUAAAUAUUCACAAUAUUCGCAAUGAUCAUGAAGAUGAAUAUGUUAAUAAGGGGACCAAAGACACAUUUGAGAGGCAAAACAAGGAUGCUGUCCCAACUGUAGCACCUAAAACUACUACAACAGCUGUGACUGAAACUCAAAGACCUGUCCAGACCUUUGAGAAUGAAAGUGUGGAUAGGGAACAAAGUGCCACAAGCACCAGUUCAAGGUCACAUCCAUCAGUUCCCCAAAGAGUGCCUAUUUUGUCUUCUAUUGGAAGGGUCCGCUCACCUGUGGUAGCAAGUCGGCUAAAAGGGUCACGGCUCCCCAGUAGGUUGUACCCAGUACAACACAAAAGACUGGGCUUAAGUUCCACACCUGAUAUUAAAUCAUCUUCUUCAUCAGCUUCAUCAGCUUUCAAUAUAUCACCUAACCCUCUUUCCCCUCAAUCUCGAAAUCCAGUGAUGGGGUCAAGGCUGCGACCGGUUUCAAAGGAAAACACUCCAGGCAAUGGCUACAAACCCAGUUAUGGAAAUAAUGGCAGAAAUGGACGUCCAAACCUGACAGCCGCAAAUGGCAAAGUAUCCUCAACAUCUGAUGCAAACUCUAAACCAAAUGGAGUCAAACAUAUCAUAGGUCCUGAAGGAGCGAAAUGGAUCGUGGAUCUGGAUAAAGGUUUUUUAAUGAACGAAAAUGGACAAGUUCUUCAAGAUUCAAAGGGAAGACCCCGAAAAGUUGUCCUUGGGGAGGAUGGCAAGACUAUUUUUGAUGAUCAGGGCAGCCCUCUGGUAAACCAGGAAGGACUAGCAUUAUUUGGUAGCGGAAGAGACAGUCGGCCUGUGAUUAAUCCCAGCGACAAGUACCUUACUGUGGGAGGAAGGCCAGUUGUGGGUCUGGACCCACCUAAACCCAAGACUACUACCACCACAACAACCACUACAACAACAACCACUACAACGACAACCACACCAGAACCCACAACAACAGAAAUGGUAACUUUGGAGCCAACAACUUUGGAGCCGACAACAUUGGAGCCAACAACAUUGGUGGCUGACCCUACGUGUCCACCUGGACUGUACUCCCAACUGGAUAAGAAUGGUUUUCCAGUGAUAGAUAGUGAUGGAAUACUUAACUGCUAUUCUGAAGAGGAGAUUUUUGAGGAGACCACCACAAUCUCCAUCCCUACCACACAGCCCCCCACUCCUGAUACGAGGCCAUUUAACAACACCCCUUCCUCUGAGUUUGAUCUUGCUGGCAAGAAACGUUUCACAGCUCCAUAUGUAAACUACAUACGUAAGGACCCUGGAGCUCCCUGUUCCCUGACCGAGGCUCUGGAGUACCUGCAAGUGGAUGUCUUGGCGGACUUGAUGGAGAAAGACCAAGAGACAACCAAUCAAAAGCAGCCACCCAAGAACAAACCGCAUAACGUUACUGUGGUUGCUAUGGAGGGCUGUCACUCUUUUGUCAUCUUGGACUGGGCACGCCCACUGAAGGAUGAUAUGGUAUCAGGUUACAUGGUACACAGUGCAUCCUAUGACGAUGUCCUGAAUAACAGGUGGUCAACCAGGCCCUCAAACGGAACACAUCUUCCUGUUGAAAACCUCAAGCCCAACUCCAGGUAUUACUUCAAAGUUCAAGCAAAAAAUAUCUUCGGCCUGGGGCCGCUCAGUGAAACUUUAACAUAUGUAACAGAGUCAGAUGACCCUCUUCUCAUAGAACGGCCCCCAGGUGGCGAACCUAUCUGGAUCCCGUUUACAUUUAGGUAUAACCCCGCCCACAGUACUUGUAGGGGAAGUCAGUUUGUCAAGCGCACAUGGUACAAGAAGUUUGUCGGUGUUGUCCUCUGCAACUCCUUGCGCUAUAAGAUCUUCAUGGGAAAUGGACUGAAAGAAACAUUCUACAGCAUUGCUGAUACAUUUGGCCAUGGAGAGGACCACUGCCAGUUUGUGGACUCCUAUCUAGAGGGAAGAACAGGACCACACAACCUCUCCCUAUACCUACCCACAGCUCAAGGUUAUUAUCGUUCAUAUAGACAAGAGCCAGUAAGUUUCGGGGCUAUUGGCAGGCGUACACCACAUCAUUUCGUAGGCUGGUAUGAGUGUGGAGUUCCCAUCCCAGGGAAGUGGUAACAAACAGAAACUCCAAGAGGACAUUUCCACCGGAAAUCACAUUCAAUGCUAAUGUGUUCUUUCCCUAUAGUUACCAGCCAUUCACAAAGACGAAUUACUGCUCACAAUGGCAACCAAAUCUAAUGAUAUAGCAAUUGCUUCUGAUGAAAGGAAUAUAGUACUUUGAGUAACACUAAUAUUUCUGCAUAUUCAAAAUCAAGCACUUUUUAAAUCAGUCUGUAUAUGAGGAAAUUGCAGCAUGUGUAUUGAGUUUAUUAACUUUGUGUUUUUCAAAAUUAAUUUUGUAUGUGUUCAGUAAUGUUUCACAUUAGAUUCCACUCAAAAUAUUUAUCUUACAGUGCCUUCAGAGAAUCUUAAAGGGAUAGUUCACCCAAAAAUGAACAUUUUGUAAUCAUUUACUCACUCUCAUGUUGUUAUAAACCUGUAUAAAUUCCUUUGUUCUGAUGAACACAAAGGAAGUUUUUUGGGGGGAAUGUUUGUACCAAACUGAUCAGAAGCCCUAUUGACUUCCAUAGUAUUAUUUUACUACUACGGAAGUCAACGGGGCCUCUGAUCGGUUUGGUAACAAACUUUCCAGAAAAUAUGAAGAUUUUGGUUCCAAAACGCGAUAAACGCCAUUUAAAAAAAAAAAACACCAGUUACCGCCAAAUUCAGUGUUGUAUUAAGUCGGUAUUAAAAAGUGUAUUCUUAAUUUUAUGCAAAAUCCAAUAUUCGGCGUGUUAUUUUACAAACCGCGAAAAACGGCAGUCCUCCUUCUCUGCAGAAUGCAAUAAAUCAGAUUAACCAAUCACAGCGCACCAUUCCAUGCACUGUAAACAACAAUGGUGGUGCUUUGAAUUCACACGGAAACCUAGUUUUCCUCAUCUACUUUGUACUUCGUGAUCAACAAACAAACAAAAACAAAAUAGUAAUUUUGAUGGCAUUGAUAAAACUGUGUCGGGGAAGAAACGUAAGCCAUCAAAUUCGAAUAAUUUACAUGAGAGGCACUCGGGCAAAGGAAAAAAUGCCGGCUGUUGCUUGUUCUCAUGACAGCAUCAAGCUUCUGCCAUGCUAACACAUUGACCCCAGGGGAUAUUAUGAAAAAUUUUUCAUUAUUUUACUCAAAGUCAACGAAAAUCAAGCAGGACCAAGACAUUUUACAGCUGAUCGGCGUCAAAAAAGUUAAGCGACUACGUCCCAAGGAUUUUUAAUGUUAUUAUAACCUAAAGAUGCUAUGUGAAAGUUUGUAACAUAAAAUAGUGGUUUUCAUCUUUUAACUUUCUUGGUAUAGAAAACACGUUUUUACAAAAAUUUGUCAAAAUAGAUUUAUUGCUUUUUGGAACCAAGCUCUUCAUAUCUUCCUUCCUGUUCACCAGAACAAAAAACUUUUUACAGGUUUGUAAAUAAUGACAGAAUUUUCAUAUUUGGUUGUGGAUUACCUAAAUAUCAAAGCACAACGCAAAUGUCUGGCAAGCUCUGUGAGUGAUGUUUGCUGUUGUUUUUAUAACUUGCCAAAUUUUUAUACUUUUACAUUUUUGUAUUACCCUCUUUUUGACCAAUGGUUGGCAUGGAAGUAUUGCCCAUAUUAGGGCAGAUGGUAAAAAUAUUUUUAUUUGCUCAGGAACUAUUAAAAUUUGAAUAAAGGUGCUAUGGAGAAAA